AAGGAGGGGAAUUCAUGUGUAGGAGGGGCUUCAUCAAGAGUGAGGGAGCUUAAAAGAGAUGGUGAGAAAACAGCAAGAGAGACUGCGUUUGUGAAGGAGGAAGAUGCUGUUGCCAGGGAACAGAGGUGAAGUAGAAACGUCCAUCUUUUCCAGCUCGCAGGACGAUAGAAACGCGUUACAUCAUGGAUGAGAAAUGGACUGAGCGUGAGGAGAAGGAAAACAGCUGAUCCUGAGAGAAUCCAAGAGAAGGAGGAUACGAUUUCUCUCAGCGACCAUUAGAAGCAUCAGUGAACAGCAAGAAUCGUCCAGCAGCCCGGAUCCUGAGCCCACGAGUGUCCCACAUGCAGAUGUAAACAGUGAUGCCCCUCACUCUGCUCAGGCACAUUUAAAGAGGAGGAAGAAGAACAUAAAGAGGAGCAUCUGAAAGCAAUACAGGGAAGCUUUGCAAACGGCGAAGAGGAGGUUUUCCUAACCACAGUAUUGAGCUGAAGCCCGUCCUCCCUGGCAGAGGAUGGGUACAGCAGAAGCCACUUUACGCAUGGACAGCAUGGAGGUCAAGGACGAGUGGCAGGAUGAAGACUUCCCCAGGCCACUACCAGAGGAUGGAGAUUCUUCAUGUGGCCUCACUGACAACAGAACCAAUCCUCCCAGCACUCUGAAUGUGGGUGAGACGAUGGCUCAGCAUAAGCGUCGCACUCUGAUCGCCCCCGACAUGAACCUGUCCCUGGAUCAGAGCGAGGGGUCGGUGCUCUCUGAUGAGUUUCUGGAAACGCCCGACGACCUGGACAUCAACGUAGACGACAUAGAGACUCCUGAUGAGACAGACUCGCUGGACUUCAUCAACAAUGGCAACGAGCUGGAGUGGGAAGAUGACACCCCCGUGGCCACCGCCAAGCGUCUUCCAGGUGAAAGUGACGAGGAGAGAGACUCGUCCGGUCGUCUGUGGCGAACAGUGAUCAUCGGUGACCAGGAGCAGCGGAUUGACAUGCAGGUCAUCAGACCGUACCUGAGGGUGGUCACACAUGGAGGUUAUUAUGGAGAAGGUCUGAAUGCCAUCAUCGUGUUUGCAGCCUGCCACCUUCCUGACAGCGGCUGUGAGGACUACACGUACAUCAUGGAGAAUCUCUUCCUGUACGUUGUGAGCAGCCUGGAGCUGCUGGUGGCGGAAGAUUACAUGAUUAUUUACCUGAACGGAGCGACUCCUCGCAGGAAGAUGCCCGGCAUCAGCUGGCUGAAGAGAUGCUACCAGAUGAUCGACAGGAAGCUGAGGAAGAAUCUAAAAUGUCUCAUCAUCGCUCACCCGACGUGGUUCAUCCGGACCGUCCUCGCCAUCUCGAGACCCUUCAUCAGCGUGAAGUUCAUGGAUAAGAUCCGUUACGUUCACACCCUGGAGGAGCUCAGCCAGAUCAUCCCCAUGGAGCACGUGCAGAUCCCCGAGUGUGUGCUGCAGUAUGAUGACGAGAAGAUACGAGCACAAAGUGAGAGAGUUGAGCAAGAGCAGCAGCAGACAAAAUCAACACUAGCUAAAGAAAGGCCGAAGUCAAUGAUAGCAGAGGUUGGCCGUGACAUCUGACAUUAAGAGCUUUAAAUGGAAGAACCAAUGGAGGACAUUCAUUGGUUAAAAGAGACCGCCGUCGUUACAUCGACUGACCGGAUCCAUCGGAGGCAAGACAAUCAUUUCUCAAAAAAACUUUAUUUUCAGUGACAUGCUUGUUUCUAACUAAAAGUUAAUUUACACCAAAGCAUUACAAGAUGUAGUUAAAUCAAAAAGGUAUCUGCUCGCUGCAUGUCAAGUUUUAUCUACAGCAUGACCUCAACUCUAUAAAUGAAAAAUGAAGGACUUGAAUGAACAUUAAAUCAUCGUCCGAGUCAAAGUGUACAUACUUAUAUAGAUAUUUUUGAGAAAGGUGCUUGCACAGAUGUUUGUUCUUUUGAUAUGAGUGGCAUGGGUAUUGUUUUAGUUUCAUGGCUGUUUACUGGAACAUAAUGUGCAAAGAUAUUGUUCUUCGUAGACCUACAGUAGAUGUUACUGAUGCAAACAUGUGUUACAGUCUUCAAGUUUUCCAAAGUUUCGAUAUGCAGGUGGCAUGCUUGUUUAUAUCCUUCUGUCUCGUUUUGUUUUGGUCCGUUUUGAAGUCACUUGUUUCAAAUGAUGGAAAAUACACAUUGUUACAAAUGAGAUAAAAAAUAUAUUUAAAGAGAGUCAAAUGAAUUGCUAAAAGUGUUAUUUAUGAAAAUGUGCCAUUUAUUGUUUGUAAAAAAAAUAAAUGAAUCAACUAAAAACAAGCUUUUGUCAUGUCGU